UCCAAUAUAUACCCCCUCUCCCUCCGUUUUCCCUCCUUCGAGUUCCCUCUCUCUCUUCAAACUUCUCCGCUAUACUUCUCCAAGAAUCCCCAAUCCCCUUCGUUUUCUUCCCAGAUUUCGACGAUAUGAACCGCUCGCUAAAGAUCUCCUCCUCGAUUUUAUGUCUACUUCUAUGGAUUUUGUCUUCAGAUUCUUCACUGGCUGAAGAAUCCUCGCAUCAAACAGGAGCUGGAGGCAAACCACCCAUACCAAGCUUUGCCUUUGGUUGGCUCGACGAUAAGAAUACAUUUCAAGCAGGCGAGAUAGCAACUAUUAAGAUUAAGCUUUUGGACUACUUUUUCAGUGAUAAAAAUUUAAGCAGCCAUCCUAUGAAUUUUUGCUUAUCAGUGAGUGGGAAGAAGGGAAAUAGUUCAUAUGUGUCUGGUGUAUUUCCAUAUCUUGAGGGCGAUCCUACUUUUUGGAAUAUUUCUUUUAUUCCCAUUUGGGCAGGGAUGUUUACUGCAGUUAUCACUGAAGAUCAUCUUGGCAUCAGUGAUUCAACUCUCCAUUUCUCUGUUACAGCUGGGCAUACAUAUCCAUCUGCUUGCAUGGCUUCUUGGGGGAACCUUUCGAAUGAGUUUGUUGCUGGCACCAAAGCUUAUUUGUUUGUACUCCUGAAAGAUGCAUUUGGCAAUAGUAUUUCUUCAGGAAAUGACGGGCCAAGCAAGGAUUAUUUUGUGUUGUCUGCAUCUUAUGAAAACGGAUCGACUGUAAAUGUGCUUGAUGUCAGAUAUAAUGGUUGGAAUGAUGUGGGUUAUGUUGGUUUAGAAUUUGUUCCUACAAUUGCUGGAAGUUUUUUAUUACAUGUAUACGCUGAUAAUAGGACUUUAAGUGGUUCUCCUCUACCAUUCAUGGUAAAACCAGGACCCCUGGAUAUUGCCAAAAGUGUGUGCAAAUGGAAAUAUGGAACAAAUUACUUGCAAAUUUUUUCCAAGCUAGAAAUCUUUAUACAUCAGCAAGAUUUGUUUGGAAACCUUGUUCCUGGUUUUUGUCCAUUCGAUGCUCGGGUGGUUCAAAAGGCUACCAAUUUGUCUAUCCCAGUAGCAGAUUUGUUCUUUCAAGAGGUGGCACAGGGAAUUCAAUUGCUUUCUUUCAUUGUUUCAGAACCUGGGGAAUUUGUGCUUACCAUAUUUGAUGCCAAGCUAAAUACAAGCAUCUCUAAUAUGACAUACGACUUUACUGUCUUCAUAGGUUAUUGCCAUGGAUCACAUGGUUUUGCUAAUGGAUCUGGUUUAGCUCGUUCUCGUGCUGGUAUACUGGCAGAUUUCACAGUUUAUUUGGAGGAUAUAUAUCAUAAUCCAUCUCCAAUAGAGGCAGAAAAACUUCAUGUACAAAUUGUAAGUGAAAACGGAACUGUCAGUGUGCGCCCAGUUAUAUUCCCUCUGAGGAAUAUCAGCGAGCAUGGCCCUGUUGUUGGACAAACUUUCUUUGCCAGUAGACCUUCAGGAUCUCAUCCUUCAUUGCCAGCAAAUGAGGAUCGGACUAUUAUUGGGAAACCAACAACUCAAGCUAGUGAGUUUAAUGUUGCCUAUACUCCCAAAGUUUCUGGAGACUACGAAAUAAGGGUGUUCUGUGGAAACAUCCCGUUGAACAAUGGGCAUCCUUAUUUGAUGAAGGUAUCACCAGGUUUGGUUGAUACAUCAUUAUCAAGUGUCUCAAGAUCUGCACCUACUGUAAAAAGACUUGUGAAAAAUGAAGUCUUGGUGCAGCUUAUGGAUUCCUUUUCAAAUCCUAUUUUAUCACAACAAACAAAAUUGGCCUUUCAAAUAGAUUCUGUAAAUAGUUCAAGCUUCAUGAAAUGGGCCUUCACAGACAAUGAAGAUGGAUCAUAUAUUGGUUACUACCUAGCAAGAGAUCUUGGUGCUUAUAACAUAUGUAUCUCAUUUGAAGAUAAGAAUUUGCCUCCUUGUCCUUUUGUGAUCCACGUGCAUGAAAGAGAGUAUUUUUCUGAGGUAUGCAAUGAUAGCAUUUCUGUUUGGGAGGACGAGUCGGCUGCUUUUGAUGUCCUGUUGAAUGAUUAUGUUGCUGGAGGAGUAGCUACUAUUGUUGAAUCAUCAACACCAUUUCAUGGCUCACUCCUGCAGUAUGGACAACAAUUUCGAUACACUCCUUACAGAGGCUUUUAUGGGAAUGAUUCAUUUUCUUAUACAAUAUCUGAUAUAAAUAAUAAUGUGGCUACUGGGACCGCUUUCAUUUCUGUCCUUUGCAAACCACCUCAAUUUGUUUCUGUACCCGUUCGUUUGCAUGUAACUGAAGAUGUCAUAAGCCCUAAAUUCGGUGGCUUUCCUGGGUUUGAAAUUGUGUACUCAGACAUGAAGGAAAAUAUCUCUGUUACAAUAAGAGCACAGUUUGGAAGAGUCUUUCUUGCUCCAAUGCCGAUGCAACUUCACCAGUCAUUGGAAAAUAUAUUUUCAGUGAAUAGGGGUGGUAGAGCUGGGAAGGAUUUAAUAUUAGCAGGCCAUGUUGAAAUACUCAACUAUGCUCUACAACUGAUCCAGUAUCUUGGAAAUGAUAAUUUCUAUGGACAAGAUAUUAUCAAUUUGUAUGCUAUGAACAAAAAUGGAAUACAAGAUGCUCAUGUGCCAGUUUUUGUUGAGCCUAUCAAUGACCCCCCAAUUAUAAAUGCUCCAAAGUUCAUAUUUUUGGGGAAGAAAGAAGCAACCGAUGGGUUACAGAUUUUUGACAAGCAAAGAGAUGUGUUUGAAUUCUUAAUUUCAGACUUGGAUAUUUUCAAUUUCUCUGGUAACAAGUCCCACUUUGUGUUCACAUUCUCCUUGGAAGUAAAUGAUGGAAUUUUGUCAACAAGUCUUCCAGUUAAUCUGAUUGAUACUGCUGAACUGAAGACUACUAGCAGCAACCAGUGGGAGCCCCUUGAGACAUUCGUGACUAUUUCUAACCAUUUUGUUCUUAAGGGAAAAGGAGUUAGAUUUCGUGGUACUUUGGGCGAUUGCAAUAAUGCAAUGCAGCAUCUGUUUUAUGAAGGUGGGAAACAUGAUGACAUAUUGACUGUGACUGCAAAUGAUAUGGGGAAUUAUGGAUGUUAUCCAGACUGUACAGAGAUGAUGUCGUCGCCACUUUCCACCGAGGUUACAGUAAAUCUUAUUAAAAGAAGGCCAGUUAAUUCAAUGACACUUCUAUUGCUUGGAUCAGCAAUAAUUAUUGAGAUCAUUAUGUUGCUUCUCCUUGGUGGGGUGCUUCUGCUUUUUAUCUGUAAAUGUAUGAAAGCUCUUUACAGGGAAAGAAGUGACCGUAUUGAUGAUGUAACAACUACCAAAGAGGACAAUAUUGAUCACCAAAUUAUGAAUGUUGCGUCAUCCAGGAAUGCAACAUACUUUGAAGGACGUUCCAGCCCCUUCUCUCUCAAAAGCCAGCAUUUGACGUUUCGUCAAUGGUCUCACCGAGGAUUCAAAAGUGAGGAGUCUGGGAAGGAUGAACCAUCAUCCUCCCAAUUUACCAAUGUUGGACGUCGGCCUAUCCCUCUUAAUAUUGAGAGGCAGAAACUGGGAGAGUGACUGAGAUCAUGUGGAGAUGUAUGUGAUGCUAUAUGUAGAUAAGCUAUCUAUAAAGAUGGUAACAUAAUAAUAUUAAAAUCCAAUUUCUUUGAAAUUUGUUCGAUCAA